UUUGUUAACUCCGUUGAUGGUAAACGUUUUGAGACCAUAAAUCCUUCAACGGGCGAAGUUAUUACUUCUGUAGCAGAAGCAUCUGAGAAAGAUGUUGAUAUUGCCGUUGAAGCUGCUGCAAAGGCUUUUAAUGAAGAAUGGAUUCAUGUGGAUGGCAAGGAGCGUGGAAGAUUGUUAAAUAAACUUGCUGAUUUAAUGGAACGUGAUAUCGAUGAUUUAGCUGCUCUUGAAUCAUUAGAUAAUGGUAAAGCUUUCACGGCAGCAAGGUCUGGAGAUCUUCCUGCUUCAAUUUCAACAUCUGAAUUCACUCCUUUGACUGCCCUAAAAGUUGGCGCCUUAAUUAAAGAAGCUGGGUUUCCAAAAGGUGUCGUGAAUAUUCUGUCCGGAUUCGGCCCUACAGCUGGUGCUGCUGUUGCUAAUCAUAUGAAAAUCGAUAAAGUCGCUUUCACAGGAAGAUCUAUAUUAAAAGCAUCCGCAGAAACCAAUUUGAAAAAAGUUUCUUUGGAAUUAGGUGGAAAAUCGCCAAAUAUUAUAUUUGCUGAUUCUGACCUUGAAGAGGCUGUUAAAUGGGCAUAUCAAGGAAUCUUUUUUAAUCAAGGUCAAUGCUGUUCUGCUGGCUCUCGUGUUUAUGUUGAAGAUUCUAUUUAUGAUAAGUUUCUUGAGAAAUUCAAAGCGCAUGCACAAAGCAUCAAAGUUGGUGAUCCUUUUCAUAAAGAUACUUAUCAAGGACCUCAGAUUUCUCAACGACAAUUUGAUAGGUAA